AUGGCUGCCCCGUCCCCGUCGCUGGUGGCUGCGGUGCUGGCGCACUCGGGCCGGCUGGAGAAGGAGGAUCUGGGCACCCGGAUCGCCCGGCUCUCCCGCCGCGUGGAGGAGCUGAAGGGCGAAGUCUGCAACAUGAUUAACAAGAAAUACAAUGAGUUCCUCCCGAGCAUGCAGAGCGCUGAGGACUUGGUGUCACAAGUGGACAGUCUGUCCGGCAACAUCGACCUACUGAAAUCCAGGAUCGAAAAUGAGGUCCGGCAAGAUCUGAAUGUGGCCAUUGCGGAAUUUACUGAAUUGAAGCAGCAGCUGGAGCGAGACUCGUUAGUUCUGAGUGUGCUGAAACAGCUGCAAGAGUUUGAUAGGGCUAUUAAAGACUAUAGCACUGCAUUACUGGAAAAGAAGUAUGUUGCAGCAGCUCGCCAUCUGGAAAAGGCACGAAGUAGUCUGAAAAUGCUAGAAUCCCGCAAAGGCUUUGAGCUGAAGGUUCUGAAGGCCCUAGGCACGGAGCUGACGGUGCAGACACAGAACAUGCUCUAUCACCUGGGAGAAGAGUGGCGGCAAAUGGUUUUGUGGAAGCUUCCUCCGUCAAAAGAAAUCAGCAGUGCAGAGACAGUGAUGCAGACGGAGUUGCACUUACGCACCAUGCCAUUGAAGGAAGAUCAGAUCGCUGGACCACCUGUUGCUUCUGUGCUCCAGGCAUUUGCUGUCCUAGGAGAACUGCACACCAGGCUUAAACUUUUUGGCCAAUUACUGCUAAAGUACAUCCUCAAGCCACUGAUUUCUUAUCCCUCCCUUCGCCCCCUGCUGGAGGAGCAGCCUGACACCGUCGUCUUGCACUUUGAGUCUGCGGAGCCUAAUCUGGAGCAUCCAUCCCCAAUGGAGGUCUUUGGCAAGAUCACGCUGGUGCUUGAAGUUCUUCACAAACACUUGCUGAAUGUGUCUCUCGAUGAGUGUGGGGAAAAUGACAAGGACUCCAGAGUGGUAUUGGCAGAGAUGCUGGGUGACAUGGUCUGGGAGGAGGUAUCUGGCUGCCUCAUUCAGGAAUGUCUGGUGUACUCGAUUCCAGCAAACAGCAGCAAACUAGAGCAGUACGUCGAGGUGAUUAAAUCCACGGAGGAAUUUGAAAAAAGCUUGAAGAACAUGGGGUUUUUAAAAGGAGAUGCCACGGACUUACUGAAAUACGCCCGCAAUGUCAAUUCCCACUUCGCUAACAAAAAAUGCCAGGACGUGAUCGUGGCAGCCAGAAAGUUGAUGACCGCAGAAAUACACAACACUGUAAAGAUCACACCUGAUUCCUCGGUAGCGAUACCAAAACUGCCUGACCCUGGGGCAGGUGAUAAUUUAAAAAUGCAAAAAGCCUCCAAAAUACUGCACAACGAGCUGAUAAAUUUGGAGAAUGAGACCAAACUGAGCCAGCAAACAUUCUCUCUGCCUACCUGCCACAUCAGUGUGUCUGUGGAGAAAUUGAUGGAGUUGGCUUAUCAGACCCUGGUGGAGGCUACAACCAGCACAGAUCAGUGUUGUAUCCAGCUCUUUUACUCUGUGCGAAAUAUCUUCCAUUUGUUCUAUGACGUCGUGCCAAUUUACCACAAAGAGAACCUUCAGAAACUACCCCAGCUCGCUGCCAUUCAUCACAACAACUGUAUGUACAUUGCCCACCACUUGCUGACCCUGGGGCAUCAGUUCCGAUACUGCCUUACCAACAUACUGUAUGAUGGAGCAGCUACUUUCGUAGAUCUGGUACCUGGCUUUAGGAGACUUGGCCUGGAGUGUUUUCUGGCCCAGAUGCGUGUGCAGAAAGGAGAGCUCCUGGACAGAUUGUCAAGUGCAAGGAAUUUUUCCAAUAUGGACAAUGAGGAAAACUAUUCUGCAGCAAAGAAAGCAGCAAGGCAGGUUCUGCACCAGCUAAAGAGACUUGGCAAAGUAUGGCAAGAUGUGCUUCCAGUCAACAUCUACUGCAAGGCCAUGGGGACCUUACUGAACACAGCACUCAGUGAGAUCAUUAAUAAAAUCACUGCCCUAGAGGAUAUCUCUGCUGAGGACGCCGACAGAUUGCACUCCCUGUGCAGGAUCAUGCUGGAAGAAGGACCUCUGGUGUUCACUCCAUUACUGGAAGAGAACAAAAAUAAGAAAUACCAAGAGGAGGUUCCAGUCUAUGUGCAGAAAUGGAUGAUGUUCAAAGAGCUGAUGAUUAUCCUGCAGGCCAAUCUCCAAGAAAUAGUAGAUCGAUGGGUGGACGGCAAAGGGCCCCUUGCAGCUGAAUUCUCCCCCACUGAGGUAAAGAGUUUAAUCCGAGCCUUGUUCCAGAACACCGAGAGGAGAGCGGCGGCCCUUGCGAAAAUUAAAUAGCCUUGUGUUUACUCCUGUACAAUAGACCUUUUCCUGGAAAAGCAACAGUAAAUCAGAUUUCAAACUGU